AAAAAAGACACAAUCAAGACAUAAUACUGCGGUUUGUUAGUGUCAGUACAAUCUCAGAACUCUUCAGACUCCCCCACAUAGUAGUGUAUAUAAACUCUCUCUGUAAAUGUGUAUAUAUGAACGUGUGGUGGUGGUGAGUUGAGUUAUGGUACAAACGGGGAAUGAUGAGAUCUUGAAGGGUGAUGUUUGGGGAUGCAGUUUUGAUUUCUAGUUUCAGUGCGUACGGCGGCGAAGAGGUGUCACGUGGGUUUCUUCAUUUGAAUACAUAUUGGACACAGCACAUCUCCGUAGAUUAGGACAAGGAUAAUCCCGAGGAGGAAUGGGGUUUUUUUCCUUUUCAUUCUUCUUCAAAUUUUCUGUGUUGAAAAAUGGCGCAAUUGAAAGCUCUAUAUGAUUCCAACUGCAAGCAGAGACGGCUCACUCUUAACUGGAAUAUACAAAGCUACUAUAGAUAGAUCUGUACAUAUGCAGCGAAUCCGAGGUUUUCUGGGUUCUAUGCUCAGAAUCAAUAUAUUUAGAGAGAGAGAGAGGGAUUAAGCGGCUUUCCCUUUUACGUCUUAUCGCUUUCUCUUUCUCUCUGAUACCACACAUAAUAACAUACGGAAAACAGAGAGCUAUGCUAACUCGGUCUACCAGUCUACGUGCAUCUACAGCUUUUUGGCAUUGAACCGUUGAGUCAUUUCAGCAAGAAAAUAAAGUUCAGCGCCACACAGGGAAUAGUUUCUCCUUGAUCUUUACCUUUCCUUCUUCCGCCAUUCUCUCUCUCUACACGUCUAAGAGUUCAGCGUCUGUUCUAUGUCGAAGUGUGUGUUUGUGUGUAUAUAUAUAUUUGUGGAUGGAAAGAGAGAGAGAGAUUGACCUUAGAGGCACAGCAGAAGCCACAAUCAAAGGAAGGGCGGUGAUACUGUCGUUGCUUUACAUUAUCUUACAUUGAUCUCGAGACAACUGUUGCCAUUGCCGGUCUUUGGGAGCUUCUUAAGUGGUUCCUCGUAUCGGGUCAUGUUUGCUCAGAUCUAAAAUUGUUUAUUGGAUUUGCUUCCUGUGGGCUAUUUCGACUGUUUUGAGCACAAUUGAGUGAAACGCGGUCCAUGAAUUGGGGCAUUCGUUGGGUAUUUAAGAGUUUGUGGGUUUAAUUGCUUUGAUGAGAGCCAUAGGAAGGGAUAAGGGAGGGGGGUUUGAUGUGGAAUUUUGGUAUUGAAGCUUGUACAUAUACAAGAAGACAUGCUGAGCCACGAUGAAGGAGUGGAAGAAGUCUUCUUUGAUUCUUCAGACUGCAUGUCCUCUGAAGAGUUUCUUAAAGAGGACUUGUUGGACGGUGCUAAUUUAGGGUACCAGAUUUGGUUGGAGGAGCCUCAGAGCGUCCAGAAACGACGAGAGAGCUUUCUCAGGGGAAUGGGAUUUGUCGAAUUGGCUAAGGAAUCAGGGAUGGUGGAUGUCAAAAGGGUUCUCCAAUGCAGUGGAGCUACCUCUAUUCGUUCUGCAUCUGCAGUUGAGGAUGCCGUAGUGAGUGAUUCGAGAGAUUUGAAUGGUGGAGCCAACUGUGCUGUUGACAGAUUUGAACGAGAUCAAGUGAACAACCCGAAUCCGACUCUUGGAGGGAAGAAUGCUUGUGUUUUGCCUCCUGUGGAAUGUAGGAACUCUGAUAUGUAUGAGACGAAACUGAAGUCUUGGUGGAAACACUUGUUGAGCAAGAGGAAAGGAACCCCAGGAACGAAUGCGUCCAAGCCAUUGAAGCUAAUUGCUGGAACAGCAAUGACAAAUAGAAUAAAGGUGCGGCGAAACAAGAAGAGAUAUGCAGAGCUAACUGCAGUAUACGUUGGCCAAGAAAUACGUGCUCACGAAGGCUUCAUUUGGGCUAUGGCGUUCAGUCCUGAUGGCCGGUAUCUGGCAAGUGGUGGCGAAGAUGGGGUGAUUCGUAUUUGGCGUGUCACGCAGGCAGAUACCUGUUACAAAACUUCAUUUGCUAAUGCCAACUCAGGUUUUGGAGGCAAAUUAGAGAGGUCGGGUAAAGGACGCAAAAUCGCCUCUUGUCCUUCGGUCAUUCUUCCUCGGAAGGCUUUCCACAUUGAGGAACAUCCAGUGCAUGAAUUCCAUGGCCAUGACAGUGAUGUUUUGGACCUAGCCUGGUCCAAAUCCAAAUUUCUUCUUUCAUCUUCAGAGGAUAAAACUGUUCGUCUAUGGCAAGUGGGCUGCAAUGAAUGUCUCGGUGUUUUCCAGCACAAUGACUAUGUUACAUGCAUUCAGUUCAAUCCAAUCGACGAAAACUACUUCAUCAGCGGCUCCAUUGACGGGAAAGUUAGGAUCUGGAGAGUGUCAAACAGAAGAGUUGUCGAUUGGGCUGAAGUUCGAGAUGUUGUAACAGCAGUGUGUUAUCACCCAGAUGGCAAUGGCUUUGUAGUGGGUUCCAUAGCGGGUACCUGCCGAUUCUAUGGAGCUUCAGGCGGCGGCAGUCUCCAGCUAAAUGCAGAGACUCAUUUCCAGAGUAGGAAAAAAUCCACCACCAACAAAAUUACAGGCAUUCAGUUCAUUAAGGAAGACUCUGAAAAGAUAAUGAUAACUUCCGAAGACUCCAAAGUUCGUAUACUGGAUGGGAUGGAUAUGGUUCGCAAAUACAAAGGUCUGGCAAAGUGUGGAACCCAGAUGUCGGCUUCAGUUACUAGAAGCGGAAGUCAUAUAGUAUCGGUUGGGGAGGACUCUCGGGUCUACUUAUGGAACUAUGACGGCGACGGCCUCCGUUCGCCGUCAUUUUCGAAGCAAAAGCAUUCCGACCGUUCCUGCGAGCAUUUCUUCUCCGAAGGUGUCUCCGUCGCCAUUCCUUGGACGUCGUCGUUGCCGUCGAGGCCAAUGUGCGUGGAUUGCGGCAGCCUUCGCCGCUGCUUACCGUCGCAACAUUGGCUGGAGGCUUCUCGGCGGAGGAGAGAUUCGACGUAUUUUUCUUGCUUGGCCAUGGAUAUAGUUGGUUCGGCCAGUAGGAGUUCUGCAACCUGGCCGGAAGAGAAACUAGUGGUGGGGGAGCAUAAACAUGAUGAUGCUGAUGGUGAUGAUGAUAAUGACGAUGAUGGCGGCUGCAGCCAUGAGUGUACAGUUGUGCCGGACACGUGGGGGCUUGUGAUAGUGACAGCGGGAUGGGAUGGAACGAUCAGAACGUUCCACAAUUACGGGUUACCUUUCAGGAUUUAGGCCGGGCAGAUUGUUGUUUGCUCACAAAAGCCCGCUGUUUGGUUCGUAAUCCAAAGCGAAGAGUUAAGUUGGAUGGGUGGAAACUCCAUUUGGCCUCCAUAUACACAUAUUUAGUGCGAGUCCGGCCCCAAUUACUAGGUUCGAAUUUCGGACCAAACAACUUGAUUUUUGUUCGUAUUGUUUGGCUGCUUGUCCCUGUCCCUGUCCCUGUCCCUGUCCGUGUGUAUAUUUUGUACAUUACGAUCUACUUCCUCUGUCCUUGUACUUUUUUUGCAUAUGAGGCCCCUUCAUAUUUCCUCGGCUGGUCGGCUUUUUGAUGACUGGUGAAUUUACUACAAACCCCCUUGUUGUCAAUUAAACAAAUUUCCUUUUAGCAAUACCUUUUUA